AUGAGUCCGUCGUGCCCUGACUAUCAAGGUGUGAUGGUAGCGUUGCAAUAUCAGGAGAUCGACCAGAGAUCGACACGGACCCAGCUGACGUGCCAUGGUAGCAACGAAGGCUCUUCGGAGUUGGACUCGGCAUGGGCGGCAUUGUUGGGAUCAACGAGAUUCUGCCCUCCCGCAUCGAGCCAGGAUCAAGCCAGGACAUUGACAUACUUCUCGGACGAGUAUGACGACUCUGCCACAGUCCAGAAAGACUGCUUCUCGACUGCUACAAGACCACCCUUUUUUGCUAGCUCGUAA